AUGUAUAGAAUCGCCAGAAACACAACAAAAAUAACUUCAAUUACUCGCCCAUAUGCUACCGGACGUCGUCAGUUGAUGGAUGAGACUGUUCGCAAGCCAGAAGUGAAACAAGUUGUUCACACUUCACAUGACAGACCAGCUCCCGGAGCAGCGUCUAGUGUUAAAAAUGGCACAAUGGGUACGCAUCCUCUCGAGCCAGCAGCAACAGCCCGCACGUUCAGAAAGCAGCUUCCAAAGGCACUUGGUGCUCUUGCCGCAGCUCUAGGAUUAUUCGUUGUUUUGCCAUUUGGAACAAUUGAAGGUAGCGAUCUAGUAGAAUCUGUGCCUAGACAGGACACGGCCGCUGCAAAAAUAACGAAGGACGGAAAAGUGGAGGUGGACAUUCCACAGACGUACGCUCAUUUGGAUAAACCAAGUGAUGAUGAUGAAUAA